AUGUCAGACUCACGUCCGUUGUCGUCGAUUCCAGAAUCCCGAGAUCUCAAUGAUGCCGCAUACAUGGAGGAACUCAUCAUUAAGAAUGAGGAACUUCUUCUUGAGGUUAACCGACUGCAGCAUAUCAUUAAAGAUAAGGGUCUAGAUCAAGUUCACGCACUUCGUGAGGAGAACAAGACACUUCGUCACCAGUUAGAGUUGCUAGAGGUGGAACACAACAGCCGUGAUGGUAUUCACUCCGCUCUAAAGGAUCUAUCCGAGCAGUUCAGGACAACAUAUAACUCAAGCUCAGAGUGUAAAACACUUGAGCAGCAAAAUAUGGCAUUAAAGCAGGAAUUGCUUAGAGUCACAAUGAGUGAGGAAGAAGCACGGCGGGCACAACAAGAGGCAGAACGACGUGGUGUUGGUUUGAAUGAAGAAAUUACAAAGUUGCGUACGGCCCUUCAGGAGUUAACGUCUCAACUGGAAAUUAUGGAAAAGGAAAAGAAAGAGGCAGAAGCAUUACACAAAGAGGCGGUGAAAUCUUUACAGGAGUCACUGGCCCACACACAUGAGUUGCAGGAACAGCAUGCGGCGCUAAAUGAAAAAAUCUCUGCUGCUACACUAGAGGCGACUGAACAGUCUAGACUAAAAAGAGAAAAACAUAGUUUGCUAGAACAGGAACUUGCCGGACUGCGGGAGGCACAUAUGCAGAGUGAAGAACAAUGUCAAGUAAUGGAGGAUCAAAAGGCAGCACUCCGAAAUCAACUGCGUGUAGCACAGGAGGCACUGUUAACAAGAGAGAAGGAGUUUUCAAUAGAACUUUCGAAGCAAAGGGAAGAAUUAGAGGAGAUGCGAAGGAAGGAGGUGGAAGAAUUGAAACGAGGCAUGCAAGAGAAGGAAAUACGUUUACAACAUCAUAUUGAGAAGUAUUUGUCUAUAAAUCAACAAAUGGAAAUAAUAAAGGCUGAGAAUCAUGCAAUUAUGGAACGAUAUGGAAUGAAACCUGAAGAUGUGGCUGAACUUCAGAAACGUGUGAAUGAACUGCGAGAGGAACGUUCACGAAAAGAUGAGUUGCAACAACGCUAUCAGGCUAUGCUUUCAAGUUCUACAUCUAUUAAUAGUGAAAUUAAGGAUCUCUUUGUUAGUAUGUUAGACUACCAGGAACGUCAAGAGGAGGAAAUGCUUACCAUGUUGCGCAUUCAGCAAAUACAGCAGGAAGAAGAGAAAAAGGUGUAUGAGUAUAAUAUUAGGAAACUCCGUGAAGAGAAUAAGACGCUUGGUUGUAAGAUAAAGAUAUUGAUAGAGGAACACGCCAAUGCCAAUAGAACAGCCCCAACAACAACAACAACAUCAACAACAUCAACGACGGAACCCGUAACAACAAAUGAAACAUCAUGGAAUUUACCACAAGGUGGGAAUUCGUUACUUCCCCCAUAUACAAGAGAAACUGCCAGACCAAAUCCCCCUGCGUGGGUUCCCAACACAGGCAGCAAUAGUGAAGGCAGAAGUGGUAGUAGUAAUAAUAACACAAUGAAUGAUAUGAUGUGGGGGCAAUCGGCUUUACCACCAAUGAACAGUGGGGCUCCAGCGGCGUGGUAUCACGAUCCCCGAAACCCAUCGGGUGGUGCCCAACAAUCCCGCGGGUGUGUGCCCUGCCCGCGCUGCACACUAAAUAACAAGCCUGGCGCUACCGUCUGUGAAGUUUGUGGUUCCCCAAUAUAA